AGACUGUUCCCUAAGUGCGCUGUCGCCCUCCACGUGCAUCCCCCCCAAUAGACUAGACACAUUGCAGGAUGGCUCACCAGAUGCCUAUGGAGACCCAGCAGGAGCUGCGGCGCCUGCCUGGUAACAACCGCUGCGUCGACUGCGAUGCCCCGUAUCCGCAAUGGGCGACGGUAUCAUACGGCACCUUUAUGUGCCUUGAGUGCUCAGGCCGCCACCGCGGACUGGGCGUGCACAUCUCGUUUGUGCGGUCGGUCACCAUGGACUCCUGGACGGACAAGCAGGUUCUACAGAUGCAGAAGGGUGGAAAUGACUCGUUUCGCGCUGCUUUCUCCGCUGCCGGUGUCCCCACAGAUUUGUCCAUUAGCGAGAAAUACAACACCCCGCAGGCUGAAGCCUAUCGCCAGCGACUAACGGCCAUUGUUGAGGGACGCUCUCCGCCGUCACUUCCUCAGUGGGACCCGGCCAUGCGUAAACCAGCUUCGUCCUCCUUCUCGUCAGCAUCGUAUUCUGGAGGAGGCUCAGCAGGAGGCGAUACCCGCGGCGUAGAGGCGCUGAAGGGAGAAUCAGAGCAGGAUUACGUGGCUCGCCAGAAGAAGCUGCGCGAGGAGGCCCGUUCACGUAUGGCCGCCAAAUUCGGUGGCAACGGCAUGCAGGGUAUUGGAAGCGGCGGCGAAACGCGCGCACCGCAGACCUCGUCUGGAGGAUUAGGAGACCUCUCCGGCGCCUUUAGCUAUUUUACCAGCACGGUCACAACUGCCGCCAGCUCAGCUGCGAGUCUCGUCAAGGACCAAGAUCUGGGAUCUAAGGUCUCAUCAAGCUGGUCCUACGUACAGAGUGCAAUUCACGAUCCUGCGCUAUCCGAUAACGUUAAGUCCUCGGCUUCUUCGGGCUGGUCCGCGCUUUCCAGUGGUGCCUCAUCCCUGCUUCAAACCGCACAAAGCGCAGUGAACGGAGGUGGUAAUUCGUAUGGAAACUCGGACGGAAUGAGCUCAUUUCCUCGCACUAACGCCGAGCUGCCCACCACUGGAAAAUACGCUGGCAUUGGUAGCAGCAACACAAAUUCAUUAAGCCGUGAUCAUGACAAUGACUCGUGGCUGGACUCGCAACUAAGUAGCAGCAAUGGCAACAACAACAACAGUUUCCAUACAUCGACGCAGCAGCCGAAGCCUACUCAGACCCCUGAUUUGUUUGGAUCCUCAUCGUCAAGUACCAACGGCAGCAGCCACGACCUUCUCGGACUUUCUUCGUCGUCUGUAGCGACGGCCACCGCCAGCAAUGGCUCGGCUACUGUUUCUGCCGCCCCUGUUGCCGCCGCACCCCCUCCAGCACCUGUCGAUAAAACGGAAAAGCCCAAGAAGGAUGUUGAUUUCUUCGGCGAGUUUGGCUUCUAG